AUGGGUGGCACCCUGGCUUGGCGCGACGUCGAAUACGUCGUCCGCACGAAAGAUGCCGACGGCCACAACGCCUCUUCGCGCGUAAUCCUGCGCGGGACGUCCGCGCACGCCAACAGCGGCCGCGUCUUGGCGAUUCUCGGCCCGAGCGGUUGCGGCAAGACAUCGCUGCUCAACGCCCUGUCCCAUCGCCUGGACGUCAAGCGAGGCGACUCGCUCGAGUGCGUCGUGACGUACGAUGGGAAACGCAUCACCGGCGCCGAUGACGAGGACGUUUCGAUGAGCUACGUGGAGCAAGAGCCGAAAUUCUUUAGCAAUCUCACGGUGCGAGAGACGCUCGAGUUGGACGCGCGGCUGCGCGGAGAGACGCAGGAGAGCGCCGCGGCGCUCGUGAACUCGACGUUGAGAAAGAUGUCGUUGAUGACGUGCGCGGAUACGGUCGUGGGGGGUGAUACCGGAGGGAAGGCGGUGGCGGGGAUAUCAGGAGGCGAGCGGCGGCGGUUGGCCAUCGCGAGCGAGACGCUCGGACUGGGAACGACGGAUUCGAAGUCGGGUGGUGGUUUAGUCGUGCUCGUGGACGAGCCGACGUCUGGGCUCGAUGCAUUUCAGGCGGAUAAGAUGGUGGAGAAGCUGGUCGAGCUCGCGGAACGCGAAGACGCGUGCGUAGUGUGCACGCUGCACCAACCGAGGAGCGCCUCGUUCGCCAAGGUGCACGACGUGUUGUUGCUCGCGAGCGGCGCGCGUGUGGCGUACCACGGGCCGAGCGAAGACGUCAUCAGUUACUUUCGCGGCAUCGGUUUCGAGUGCCCCGAGCAUUUUAAUCCGGCCGAGUUUUUGAUUGAUCUCGUGAGCGUCGACGUCGGCGACGGCGUCGGGAGCGACGACGCCGAGGCCAAGAGCCGCGCGCGAAUAGAACGCAUCGUUGACGAGUGGGCAAAGCAUAGCAAAACAACGGCACCGAGAGCGGCAGAUGUGACACGGGCGCCUGAAUCGACUUCGACUUCGAAAGCCGUGCGAAAGAAAGCCUGUGAUCCGCUUAAGCAAUUUAGAUUACUCGCCGGUCGUGCUUGGCGACAAGCCAAGCGAGAGAUGUGGGUGAACGGCGUCCGCAUGGUGGCCUCAGUCGGUCUGGCCGCGAUGUUUGGCGGAUGUAACUUCCAGCUUGGACUCGGACCUCGUAGUGUGAAACGACGAGUCGCGGUACUCAUGCAGGCGUGCAUUAACACCUCCAUGCUCGCAUUGGUGAAGAGCUUGAACGGGUUUCCACGCGAGCGCGCCACGGUGCGACGCGAGAUGGCGCGCCAAAGCGGUGGCUACAGCCCUGGCCCGUACUUUCUAUCGAAGCUUUUGAUAGAAACUCCGAUUGAUAUGGUGUUUCCAGUCGUUUUCGGAGGUGUCAUGGCGCCCAUGGUAGGUUUAAACAAGUCUGGACGAAAGAUGUUUCUGACGUCGCUCGCGUUGCAAUCCGCCGCGGCGUCGUCUUUGGGGCUCUCCAUAAGCGCCCUGAGUCCGAGCGCUGACGUCGCUCUCGCCAUCGGACCGUGCGUAAUGGUACUUAACAUCAUGCUCGGCGAUGCAUCCGGCGCAUUCGCAGAAAUUCCCGAUUCUUUAGCGCCGCUUUCCAAGCUCUCGCUCAUUCGCCACGCCUUUGAAGGCGUCUUGUGCUCGGAAUUUGAGGGCUUGGUCUUCGAGAAAGAAGACACCGACGCCAAGAGCAAAAAGCUCGCCAAAUCCCGCGGCGUUCGAAAGGUCCUCGCGCGUCGAUUCAACGAGGGCGUCCCCCCGAGAAACGGCGAGGACGUCCUCGAAGGCUUGGGUUUGCCCGUUCGCGGGCACGCCGGCAGAGCGUGCAAAUCUCAGCUCGGCGUCGCCGCGCUCAACGUCGCCGUCACCUACGUCGCUCUGGUGCUCAAACGCGCGAAAUAG